UUACUGAGCGGUUUGUUGCAGCUCUUCAAACGAAACGGAUAACGUUGCCAAGCGACGCUUUCUGCUUCACUCUCCAAGCCUCACAUGGCCGUGCUCGGCGGUGCAUUCGCAGGCUCCUUCGUCCCUACCUGCUAUAGAACCCAGUCGAUGAAACCACCAUUCAGGAUAGGGAUUUCUUGCAUCGGAUGGGAUCCAGAGGGUGUCUUGGGUCCGCCUCAGAGCGGCCACAUAGCGCGGCUGGAGUUCCGGCGACGGCUGGAGAAGGAUGCCAAGGUCAGAGAAGAGUUCAGCCAUCUGGUGCGCGAGGAGAAGGAGCGGCUUCGUGCCCGCAGGGAGGCACGGAUGCCACCGGAAAACAACGCGGGGCUCGUGGAAUACUUUCUUGAAACCGAAGCCAGGGAUAUUGAAUUUGAGAUUGCGAGGUUGAGGCCGCGAUUAACCAAAGAUUUCUUUGAACACGUACGGAUUGAGCUGGCGAAGCUGCGGUUUGCUGUUGCUAGAACUAAGGAGAUGGAGGAUAGGGUAAUUGAGUUGGAGGCCAUGCAGAAGGUUUUGCUCGAAGGAACAGAAGCCUAUGACAAAAUGGAAGGUGACCUCGUGUUAGCAAAGGAAAGGCUUAUGAGAAUAUUGCAAUCUAAAGACAAGAAUUCUACUUUGCUGGAAAUGGUUGAGCGGAAUGAGUUGAGUAGGUCUGUUUUGGCCCUUCUUGAUGAAAACAUUGCCGAUGCCCAGCAAAAUGAUCAGAAAGAAGCUGCCGCCUUCAUGGAGAAAGUCCGAGCAGCAAUUCUCAAGUAUAUUACAAUCUAGUAAAUGAACAAUGAUUAAAAUCUGAUUUUUGAUUUGUUAUUUAUCUUCAGUAUAUCAAUUUCAUGCCCUUAUUCUUUGAGUACUUAGCCACCUUAACAAUUACUGUAUUCUUAUUUUAUUUGAAUUCUCUUUGAGCAUAAUGUUG